AUGGCGGAUGACAGAAACAGAAACCCCCCCCUUUACGAAUUCGAAGACCUUCCCUCCCCCCUCUUAGAGAAAUCUGUUCGGCCUCUAGCAGGUAGCUUCGAGGAACUCGAAUGGACUUUCCGAGGCAAAUUCAAAGUCGACCGAGAGAUGAAAGAUCUAAGAAGUAGUGUAAGCUAUGCUUUAGCCUUUGCUAAACUACUUCACAGAUCGACAUUUCUCGUAUUUCUACUUUACGAAGAGGCAAGACGAGAAAAGCGACUUAGUUUAAUGACAUAUAGACUUGCCGUCAAACCCCCACCUUCACUUUUACCUCUCACACCUCUUACACCGAUGCAACCUACACGACUACCCUUUCUACCGAUACACCCUCAACUCAAAGACAAUAAGAGUUCACCCUUGACCCUCGACUACCCUUUGACCCUCGACUAUAACCCUUACCACCGAUUCACUCGAUCUUGUCUCGACCUUCACCCAACCCAAUGGUUCAUAGACAACCUUACGUACCACCUUUCGAACACCGCGAACCUUAAGGACGAAGAGCAAAUAAGGGAGGCGGAGGUGAUGAUAGUGGAAGCAACUAUACGGAGGACUCUUACCGCAGAGAUAAUUACAGAGGAGGUGGAGAAGGCGGUAGAGGAGGAGGUGGAGGAGGAGGUAGAGGAGGAGGUAGAGGAGGAGGUGGUAAAGGAAGAGGAGGUAGAGGUGAUCGAUAACGUAUUGCGCGAUCAACUUAUUAGCGCUUGCAAUAGAGUCGAAGAAUGCAGACUAGCAAUAUUCAAUCCAGCUAAUACAUACAAAAGAGUUGCUACUCAAUUACGAUCAGCAAUCGGUACUAUUCAAAGAGAACGCCAAGUACUCGAAUACACAGCCCCUCUUACUAUGUACUAUGCUUUUAACGAUCAUAAUUGCGAUACUAAUUGCAAUCACGAGACCUACUACACCGAUCGAAACUAUAAAGGAUCAAGUAGGAGCUAUAACCGUAGCUUAAAAGGCUAUAAUCGCGGUAGUAGAGGCAAAGGUAGGAACAGAGGUUUUGCACGUAGAGAAAGGAAUAGAGGCUUCUGCGAAGGUAGAAAGCUUAAAGUAUGCUUCAUCUGCGGCAAACCCGACUGCUGGUCUACAAAACACUCCCUCGAAGAACGAAAACGCUUUUACGACGAAUACAAGAAAGGCGCUACGUACUAUACCACUCAACCAAUGACCUUGGCUUAUUUUGCAAGCUUCUUGGCGGACUACGAAGAAGUAGAAGGUAUUGCAAACGAAGAAAAUCACCAAGAUCAAGCAACAUACGCUAUUAAAAACUAUUAA